GAGAGUAUUGAGCUCCAUUAACUGAGGGAGGCUGCAGACACCGGUAUAGAGCGGCUGGGAGGCAGGCAGUUCUCCAGUUUCAGACCAGCUGCCUUAUGGGUGGCACACCAAACAACCUGACCCACCUGGAUAGCACCCAGAACAAUGAACCAGUCUGAACUGACAACAGACCCAGUGCUCACUGCCAACAGCAGCCAUGGAGAUUUCUUUCCAGGCAGGUCCUCCAACCAUUCUUGUCCCUUGGGCUGGGGGUUGAACGAAGGCCUAGAGGCUUGCGUCCUGGAGACUGCUGUCAUUGUACUUCUGACCGUGCUCAUUAUUGCCGGGAACCUGACGGUGAUCUUUGUGUUUCACUGUGCCCCUCUGCUACACCACUACACCACCAGCUACUUCAUCCAGACCAUGGCCUACGCUGACCUGCUGGUGGGUCUUAGCUGCCUAGUGCCCACCCUGUCUCUACUCCACUACCCAGCAGGUGUCCAGGAGCCCAUCACAUGCCAGGUGUUCAGCUAUGUCAUCUCGGUUCUGAAGAGUGUUUCAAUGGCCUGCUUGGCUUGUAUCAGUGUGGACCGCUACCUGGCCAUAACUAAACCACUAUCUUAUAACCAGCUGGUGACACCAUGCCGGCUACGAGGCUGCAUCACCCUAAUCUGGGUCUACUCUAGUCUGGUUUUCUUGCCCUCCUUCUUUGGGUGGGGCAAGCCAGGCUAUCAUGGGGACAUUUUUGAGUGGUGUGCUCACUCUUGGCCCACCUCUGCCCUCUUUACAGGCUUUGUGGUGUGUUUGCUCUAUGCACCUGCGGCACUUGUGGUUUGUUUUACCUAUUACCAUAUCUUUCGCAUUUGCCAGCAGCACAACAGGGAAAUCAGUGAACGACGGGCACGAUUCCCCAGCCAGGAGAUGGAAGCUGGUGAGGGGGGUGGCAGUGGACAUCAUGGAGGGCAUGGACCUGAUCGACGCUAUGCGAUGGUGCUCUUCCGUAUCACCAGCGUUUUCUAUAUGCUUUGGCUGCCAUACAUAAUUUACUUCCUGCUAGAGAGCUCCCAUGUGCUGGAUAGCCCUGCCCUCUCCUUCAUCACCACCUGGCUGGCCAUCAGCAACAGUUUUUGCAACUGUGUCAUCUACAGCCUGUCUAAUAGUGUGUUCCGCCUGGGUAUGCGUAGGCUCUCGCAGACAAUGUGCUCCUUCAGCCACUGUGCGGCAGAUGACAGGGACUUUGGGGAGCCUAAGCCAAGGAAGAGGGCAAACUCAUGCUCCAUCUGAACAGAUGACUUUUACAGGAUGAGGAUACUCCUGGAAUCUGCGAAUGGGAAACGUGAAUCUUAACAAGCUUAGCAGCUAGUCAAAUUGGCAGAGCUUAGCUAAACAGAAAUCAAUUUCUGUUGGAUCAACCUGUCAGCUGGCACCAGUGACAUUGCCUUGAUCAAAAAAAAGAAAAUGGUUUAUUGCAUUACAAGCUUUUCAAGGAGAUGGGUGCAAUAUCUUAACAGAGAUUUAAUGAGAUUGGCGGCACCCUGUGAUGGCUUUUAUUCUGUGGUAUGUGACUGUCUGUUGAUCACGUAAAACAUAGUCUCCCUGUGGCUUUCUUAACCUUUACAUCUCACUGUAUGUCAUCAGCCAGGUCAGACAUAGUGGGAAGACAAAAUUCCAAAAGAUUCACAAAUAUUUUCCUAAGCCACACUAUUUCAUGCUUGUUUAAUUUUGCUAGUGGUUGUGAAAUGGAUCAACCUCAAUGUCUCCAUACUUUCUAUGACUGUCAUUAGCUUAAUUAACUUACACGUGCUCACAAACCUGUUUAAAGGUUGUAAAUGGAUAUUUGACUAUUUAACUGUAAAAACACAUACAGUGACAAUGAUGACAGCCAUUUGCUGCUGGUGAAUAACAGAUGGCUAAUUGACUGUUUUCUAAAGGAAGGUGAGCAGUCCGUUUCUGUUGAAGUAUUUUGUGUUGAGUCUGUAAACAUAAUGGUUAGGUGAACUGGAGAAAGAUGCAAAAAAUGAUGUACUGGUCACAGUGUGUGAUUUGCCAGUCACCGAAAUUUAGAUAAAGUUAUUUAUUCAGAGCUUCUGCAAAACCUUUUACGUAAUGUAACAGUGCACAGCAAUCUUAAAUGGAAAAACUCCAAUAUAGCACUGUGUAAAUAUACUUAUACACCACAGCAUUAGACCAAGGACUGUGUAUCUAAACGUGUAUUAGGAGUGUUGAAACCUUUAAAUCCCCAAAACAGGAUUUCAUAAAGUUUUCACUUGACUUAACAUGGUAACUAAUCUAUAAUGUAGAUGGCCAAAUUUAAUAGUGUGACCUGUAUCAGAUUUUCCACAGAUGACACGCUGCUUCCAUUGUUUGCUGAUCUUAAUUUUAGCUGAUUAUAGUUGGUCAGUGAUUGAUUGCCGCAACCAUACAAAAAGCACCUUAUUUCCAGAAUUCAGACAAAAGAUGUGGCGGGUUGACACUGAGGCCUCUAUAUUGAGUACACGGAACUGAUGCUCUCAGCAGAUAACUAUCCAGUUUUUUUUCCCAAGGUCCCCCCUUGCUCUUAUGAAAUGGCCCAUCAAUGCCAGGAAUCCCACCAUUGGUGUGGCAUUCCAGAUAUGGCUGUGUUAUGAGUAUUCUGCUAACAGUUUGAUGCAUGAGUGCUCAUGACAGCCAUUUCUAACAAGCAAAUAAAUAUUACGUCCCUCUUCCCCUGUAUAUGGAGGGCCAUGUAUACUGGAGAGCGAACAAAAACAACUGGCAAAAUAAAACGGCAUUGUCUAAUUAUGAAAUAGGAAGUUCAAUUUGUAACUUUUUACUUAAGAAGCAGAAUUUUGUAAAUGAGCUAACUUGAGGACAUUAUUUUUAGAUGCACCUCCUGGUCGUUGCUUUUAACCCACUGGCAGCCUGGUUUUGGGUGCUCUGCAUCCGUGACACAGUUAUCUUUCUGAAAGAUUGUAAUGGAUUUUAUUUCCCAGCAGCAGUGACCAGGGGCUCAGGUUAAUGUGAUCUGAUCUGUCUGGAGGUCGCUCUGAGGUUAAAACUUAACUGAUCUGAAAUUACAGGCUUAGUUUAAAGGUUUAAGGCUCAGUUGCUUAUCUUGUGUUGGUUUGUUAAACUACUGGCUGGACAAUCCUCAUUACUUUUA